UGUUGCAGACUAACAGAACAGAGCUGAUGGUUUAUAACAGUAAGCAGAAGUUUUAUACAUAUAUUAUAUUACUGUAUAUGUCAUAAAAGUGAUUACUCUUUCUGGGGAGUAUGUUUUUACCAAUUUUCUAUAUAGGAACCAACCCUUUGACCAGUAAUUUAAGAUAUUGUUUCCUCUGCUUUUUGUAUACUCCAUUAUGUCUCUUCUAUUUGUAUCAAAAUGAUAUCCUCGGAUGUUGGCAGCUUUGAAGCAAAAUUAUUUUUUGACAGCUCUUUAUUUACAACUGAAAGUAGAAAAAAAACAAAACUAAAUUGCAUUUCAAUAAUUGUGAAUGCAACAAUAAUUGCACAAAAUCUAUAAAGAAAAUAAUUAAAAUCUAAUAGUUGUAAAGGCACCAAAUUCAAACUGGCGGUCAAUGUAAAUUCUUUUUAGAAAUGGAGAUUGUCCAUAUGUACAUAUGAAGAGACUGGACUGCUUUAUAUCCAAAUAUUCAUUCGUACGUUUGUAAGUAAUUCAAAGAUUCUAGUUUUUCAUCUUUGGGUUUGCUAGUGGAAGAAAACUGUUGCGCAGAGCUCUGAAAGCUAAGUCGUGUGGAAAAGACCUUUGGUUGGGAAAUAUCUCAAAAUAUUAGAAUAUAAAGCCGUAGUAAUGGCUAUGAACAAUUUAUCAACUGAUGGCGAGUUCCGUUACAUCAUACAGUGGUUUAACGAGUGGAGUGAGUUGCAGCGCGAUGACUUUGUACCGGUGUUGUUAGAGUAUCUACAGCAGGGAGGUCCUAACGAGGUGUAUAUGAACGGGAUAGUGAACUCUGUGUCCCAGAACAGCAUUCAGGACAAGCCAAUGAGUUUAUUCCAAUGUAGGAUAAAACUUUUCCGCGAGUGGAACAAAAAAUGGCCUACAGAAUUAAAACUGAAGUUGCAGGAAAAAGUUACCGAAAUAGAUUCGAAAGUAGGCGAAAAGAUCACAAAAGAAAUCACGCCUAACACUGAAGAACAAGUGAAUGGUUGUAACGGUGACGCUGUCGCCACUGAAGCACGCGAUGAAGGAAGUGAAGAGAAUAAAACAACUUCUCAAAUAGCUGACGAAUCUAAUGCAGUUGCAGAGGUGUCAACAAAUUUGGAGAGUCAUAUUGUGGAAGCACUAAAUAAUGAAACAGCAGUCGAUGACAAUAAUACGAUUGAAAACGGCGAUAACCAGAUUGAAGACACGAAUACCAUAUCUACCGUGGUCACAGAGGCUGCUAUCGAAAAUUCUAUUAAUAAUGCACAGUUACAUUUGGAACCAGAUGAACAAGUUCAAAUACAAGCGCAAAGUGCAUUAGAAGAAAAUAUUGCUGGAGUCGAUAACAUUGCAACCACCACUGCCACUGUCGCAUAAAAGCAACGAUUGAUCUAUAAAAA